AUGGCCAUCCUUCUCCCCCACGUGCAGGACACCAGCUCUGGCGCGUACCAGCCCAAGCCUCUGACCCUGUCCAUCGCGCCGGGCGGUGGCAAGGCCAAGGGCAAACCCAGCGCGGGGCCCCAUGUCUCCCUGGACCUGGCAGCAUGGGCAGGCGCGGAGGCCAGGGUUCCCACCACCCUGCCUGUACAGGGGGCGCCCUCUCGCCAGGCAGCCGGUGGGGUGCCCUCCCUCACAUUCACAGUGGAGCUCGCCAUGUGGUGGUCGAAUCUGGUGCAGCUCCGAUGGUUUCUGUGGGCCGCACACUCCGACAGAGCCCAAGAUGCUGCAGAGGGUGCCGACGCCGCCUCGCCGGCACCCGCCGUCCAGCACUGGUGCGCCGGACUGGAAGCUGCACAGCAGCUGCUCUGCGGACUGGCGUGCCCCGAGCGGGCGCGGCGCCAGAUGGCGCUGCUGGGAAGGAGGGUCAUGCUGGGCCUGCUGCGCCGGGUGGAUGCCGCCCUGCUGGAGAGCCUGCAGGCCACCGAGGAGCGGAGCGGCGUGCGGCGCACCGACCCGCUGCGCAUGGAGGCGCGGGAACAGCAGGCAGGGCUGGACCCCGCCCUGCUCCCCUUCCCCAGGUGCGGGGCGCUCACCUGCGGCACGGGCGUCGCGCUGAAGCUGACGGCCUCCGCCCUGGCCGGCUGGGCGGGCGAGGCGGGGCUGGGGCGGCGCGGCGACGAGCACUUCCCGGGCCUGAGGGCCGCAGCCAAUCUGCUCAUGAUGCCCAAGGAGGCGCUGCUGGAUGCAGGGACCAGGGCGGAGCUCGCGCCCGGCCUGUCCUCGGAGACGCUGCUGGCGCUGCUCUCACGCUAUACCCCAGACGACCUCGCCGAGGACCGCCUGCCAGCAGGCCUGCUGGAGAGCUUGGAGGAGCCAGACACGCCCAGCACGGCGCGCAGCGCGGUAUCCGGCGGGAAGCCAGACGUCCUCCUGGCACCCGACUCGGCCGGGUACGAAGCCCAAGCAGCCUCCGAGCUCCUCGACCAAGGGCUGGUGGAGCCCCUGUCCCUGAACAUGGACGAGGAGUCGGACGAAGAUCUGCAGACCCUGGAGCACACGGGAAGGGGCACCGGGCUACCCGCUCCCCGACGCUUUGCAGCCCUGCGUGAUAUUUGGUGCCGGCAGGGCUCCUGA